AGGCGCGCUUGUGUUGAAAAUACAAGAGAAAUACAAGAGAAAUCCGACAAGCCCGUAACAACUUCAUCCCUCGACUGGACAACCACGAAACUUCUUUGAGCCGACCAAAGACAACUCUGCGAUACUUCAUCUACGAAGCCUAAGACGAUAUUAUCGUGUUCUUCGCGAUACAACCGGCGGUUUAAUAAAUAAAAAAGACGGGUGAAUAAUCAUAACAAAUCACUCUCUUUUCUCAUAUACCUGUUUACUCAGAGUCUGUUCAGCUUAAAGUUGGUGACUUUUUUUGAGCACAAUUUAUUAACCACCACCACCACCACUACAAAAUCACGACAUCAAGAAGAAGACUCCUUCAAGGCCAAGUUGAACAACGUGGUUUUCAUCACAGAAAUCCAUUGAGGCCAAAUUCAACUUCAUUGUAAGUUAUUCAAACUGGGCCGAAACCCUACCGAUUCUUGUUGAGCUUGAUAGCUUCAACAUAAUUCCAAGCCUCUCCUCGAGUAUUUGCAUCAACCUUUUCCCGCUUUAGACUAAUUUAUUACGCACGGCAGACUGAGAGGUGAAGUGAAUCAAGCCCUAGCGUAAAUACGUCUACGAUCUUAAUCUACUGUCUUCUGACAUCCACCUGCUGCGGAUUACAUCACAACACCCCCCGGUCAAAUUCUCCUGAAGGAGGACAAAGCGAUGGCAGAACAAGACGUCGAUCUCGACUCUAUCAUUGAUAGACUGCUAGAAGUUAGAGGCAGCAGACCAGGCAAACAAGUACAGCUUUUGGAACAAGAGAUUCGUUAUCUCUGCACCAAGGCUCGCGAAAUUUUCAUCUCUCAACCCAUCCUCUUAGAGCUUGAGGCACCAAUCAAGGUACGAUAUUGAGCAUUUGAUUUUCUAGAUGCGCCAGGCUGGCAAAGCAAAUACUGACUAGAUGGCGUGUAUCUAGAUUUGUGGUGAUAUUCAUGGCCAAUAUUAUGAUCUCCUCCGUUUGUUUGAAUAUGGUGGAUUUCCUCCCGAGGCAAACUACCUCUUCCUUGGUGAUUAUGUCGAUAGAGGCAAACAAUCUCUCGAGACUAUCUGUUUGCUCUUAGCAUACAAGAUCAAAUACCCAGAAAACUUCUUUAUCCUUCGCGGUAACCACGAGUGUGCCUCCAUCAACAGAAUCUAUGGCUUUUACGACGAGUGCAAGAGAAGAUAUAAUAUUAAGCUAUGGAAAACAUUCACUGAUUGCUUCAACUGCCUCCCCAUUGCAGCGAUCAUCGAUGAAAAGAUCUUCACUAUGCACGGCGGUUUAAGUCCAGAUUUGAACUCCAUGGAGCAAAUCCGUCGUGUCAUGCGACCAACUGAUGUAAGUCCACCAGGAAAAGCUUUUCAUUUGCCAGCUCUCAGUGUGCCAUGGGAGGAAGGCCAGAGCUCUUACUGAUAUGAAAUUAGAUUCCUGAUUGCGGUCUCCUUUGCGAUCUCCUCUGGUCCGACCCGGAUAAGGAUAUCACAGGCUGGAGCGAAAACGAUCGUGGUGUAUCCUUCACAUUCGGUCCCGAUGUCGUUUCUAGGUUCUUACAAAAGCAUGAUAUGGAUUUGAUAUGCAGAGCUCAUCAGGUCGUCGAAGAUGGUUAUGAGUUCUUCUCAAAGCGGCAAUUGGUUACACUAUUCAGUGCACCCAAUUACUGCGGAGAGUUUGACAAUGCCGGAGCGAUGAUGAGCGUGGAUGAGAGUUUGCUAUGUUCAUUCCAGGUAGGUUCAAUUACAAUUUCCUCAUCAUAUGAGUGUCUUACUAAUGUUCCUCUUCCAGAUUUUAAAACCAGCGGAGAAAAAACAAAAGUACGUCACAGCAGGUGGUCUUGGUGCCUCCAGCAGGCCCGUCACUCCGAGGAAGAAAUAAAAAAUGAUCAAUUACGAACUUCCUUUUGUGUAGCAGGUUCGGACGCAGAUAAGCUUAAUUCGCGAUUUUCCACGCAAACGAAUAUUGCCCUCGACCAAAAAUGCGCCCUUUCACCGAUCGCUUCUCUUUGGGAUCCGUCAUCUCACCAGACUUUUGCCAGUAUCCUCCAGACUUCGAUCUCGACCAAACAUACCUAUUUUGUGCGACACCUUCCGCACCCUACCUUUCGUUUCCUUACUUACCUCAUUGCCAAACGCGACUCAAAUAUGUACACAGCAACUUUCUCAUUACGCUUUUCGAUCACUAACACUAAGGAUUCCACUCGAUACGUACGCUUUUCCCACGACUUUUCGGCCGAACACGAACUCUUGCUUUAGAUUGACAUGCCAGCAUUUCACGACAUGACGAUAGAUACAUGGGACGUUUUUCGGGCGAGUUUUCGGUUUUCGGGUAUUGGCAUUCGGAUUUUGGUAUCUGGUUUUAAUAGAAAGGCAGAAGGAGAAAUUUUCAGGAGGAGGUUCAUAAUAGCCAACUCUUAAUAUUUGUGUUCAUACAUUGGAGAAAGGGGCAUUGAAUGUGCCAGGCAGGCAGAUAAAGAAGGGAAUGGGAAGGAGGGGUGUCCAUGGGUUGAGCGCAGAAAGCAGAAAAAUAACUCAACGAUGCGAAUUGUACCUUUGUUCUAUGUAACUGACCUCUUUCUUCUACUACACUUCAUUGGCUCU